AACCAUUGACAACACGUGAUACAGUCCCACCCCAUCUUGCAACCUAUCCAUGUUUUCCACAUGCACUCAUAAUUGUUAAUUUGUUAUCCACACAUUUAGCAGACACCAGCAGCAAAUAGAAUCAAACCAAAAAUGGAGACAACACUUUCCCUCUCUUCAUCUUCAUUUAUCCCUAGGCUACCAAUCUCUUCAUCUUAUUCUUCCUUAUCCUUCUUAGCUAGGAACUCUAAUACUUCCUCACUUCUCUUGAACAAAGGAAGAAUCAAAACUAGAAGGACAAAUGAUUUCACCUGCAAGGCGUUUUUCGGACUAGGCGUGCCCGAGCUUGUUGUUAUCGCAGGUGUUGCUGCUCUUGUUUUCGGCCCCAAGAAGUUACCCGAAGUUGGUCGUAGCAUAGGCCAAACCGUCAAAAGCUUCCAACAGGCAGCAAAGGAGUUUGAGGCUGAGUUAAAAAAGGAGCCUAAUUCUGAAGAAGAAAUCUCUGUUGCGAAUGACAAGGUGGAACAAGACAUUAAGGUUUCUAGUACAAAGGAUGAUAGUGUAUGAGAUGAUAUUCUAAGUUUUUUUGGUCUUAGCUGAUAUUCUUAGUAGACAUUUCUUAAUAAAAAUGUACCAUGGUGUUAUGCAUUUAAAA